UUCUUUGAAUCAUUUUACUUCGAAAUUCUGAAAUUUCAAGCCCGAAAUACCACAGUUUUCAGUAUUAUUACUUUGGAGCGCUAACCCCAUUUCAUCUUCUGAUUUGAGUUCGAUUCAUCUUCAUAAAAAAACUCCUGUGGAUACCACAUGCUAGCAUUUGCUUUUGCCUCAUCUUUGAUUACUUUAGAAUUGCACUUGUAAUUACAUUACCAUCGCUCUUUUUGUAACUUUGAGGUACAAAAGGCUUGUAAUCAUUUCACUUACCUUCUGCGUUCAAACUUAAUCCAAUCUGGGAAUUCCAAAUCCCGUAAAAGUUACCCUUAAUUAACCUCUCCAAGGCAUUUAAAAUCCUUAACCCACACCCGAAAGUGCGCCACUCCAUAAAUCCGGGCAAUUUAUUUUCCCGUUUAGAGCGUAAGCGUUGUGAAUGUGGUCCGCAAUCCGUUAGAUUAUCAAGUGUCGUCUAACGUUUGUUGCCACAACCCAUCCUAAUUCCGUUCGGUCAUUGUUUCUACAUCUCUCAUUAUCUUUGGACCUUUUCUACCCUAGGGAAAAAUUAAAUCUUUCAAACUUGACUGAAUUUUAGGCAUCAAAAGUCUUCAGACUUUAUUUUCCAUAAAAUUUCCCUGAACUGAAGAUGCUCGAAAUGAAGAUACUUUUUGUGUGUAUUUUUCUGGCUGUAAUGAUUUGCAACCUGAGCUCGAAUGUGGAGGCAGCCAAACCGAAAUUGAUUCCAGAAGAUUAUGACAAGGAUUUGAGGCCAGGAUUUCUGAAAGGCGAGACGGACUUGGUGCUGUUUGGUCUGCACAUCUACCAAAUUGGUCCACUUUCCGAAUCAGACAUGAGCAUGACGCUGGACAUCUACUUGCGGGCCUACUGGAACGACACUCGUCUGCAGUCUGCAGCUGACUACCUUUUCAACAGAAGUAGUGACAACCCAAAUGUGAAACCCCCCAGUUAUGUCAACUUGAAGGGGGUGUAUGCAGAUGCAAUUUGGAGACCCAACAUAUACUUUCUGGAUUCCAUGUUGGAAAACACACCCGCCGAAGUGUCUCAGAGCAGCAUCACAGUCUUGACGAAGAAUAGUCUGGUGAUGUCGUCUAAGCGUGUGGUGUUAAAAUCCAGAUGUGCCCUGGAUCUGCGCCAGUUUCCCCUAGACAGACAAACGUGUCCUCUCUGCUUUUCCAGCUACGAGUACAAAGAUAGUGAACAGUUGAUCUCUUGGAAGCCCAAUGCAGUGGACAUAGACCCUAACCUGAACUCCACAGCCACAUUUGACAUAGUACCCUCUCUUGUUAAAGAGACACACACGCAGCAGUGGGGAGACGACAUUUUCUACACUAAGCUGUGUGUACACGUGCAGUUCAAGCGGAAGUUUCACAUCUACAUCGUGACCAUGUUCCUGCCCAGCAUCAGUUUGGUGGGGCUGAGCUGGGUGUCAUUUUGGAUUGACAAGAAGGCUGUGCCAGCCAGAGCAGGACUCACCAUCACCACCAUCUUAGCCCAGAUCACACUCAUCACUGGCACUGCAAACAA